UUGAUCGUCUGAAGCAGUCGGCAACAGGGUCUCGACGUAGGGUGUUUGUUGUGGAGACCAUGGGCGGAUUCUGUGGUUACCUUGCUACAAUGAGUGGCCUAGCAGCAGGAGCAGAUGCAGCUUACAUUUUUGAAGAACCAUUCACCAUAAAAGAUCUCCAGGGAGAUGUUGAGCACUUGAAAGCUAAGAUAAAAGACAACAUUUUAAGAGGACUUGUUCUCAGGAAUGAGAAGGCAAACAAGAACUUUACGACUUCGUUUAUUGAACAGUUAUUCCAGGAGGAAGGGAAGGACGUGUAUGUAUGCCGACAAAAUGUUCUUGGGCAUGUGCAACAGGGUGGUGCACCCACACCUUUCGAUCGUAAUUUGGGAACCAAGUUGGCAGUGAAAGCAGCACAUUUCCUAAUAAAAAAAAUCCAGGAGAACAAAACAGAUGAUAACUCUGUCUAUAGCAAAGGCACAGAUACUGCUGUGGUUGUCGGCCUCCGCAAACGAGAAACCAUGUUCACACCAGUGCGACUACUGAAAUUAGAAACAGAUUUCAAGCACCGAAUUCCUGAGCGGCAGUGGUGGAUGAAGCUGAGGCCUUUACUAAGGAUAUUAGCGAAACAUGAAAGCACCUAUGAGGUUGAUUGUGAGGAAGUGUUCAACGCCAUACCUUAACUCAACAUGUUGGUAUGGUAGUAAAGAACCUGAGGUUGAUUCUGCUUACGAGUUUUCACCGCGCAAUGGCUUAGCUAAACAUUUUUCAUAAAUUAUAAAUUAUUGGUAUGGUAGUAGAGUACUAAAUGCUGAUUGUACAUCUAAGUAUUCACCACCAUGGCUUAGCUAAACAAUUUGCUUCGAUUAGAGAUUGUUGGUUUUGUAGAAAAAUAUGAGUCCUCCAGUAUGCUUUGGUCAGAAAGUAUAGAGAAUGCAGUUGAAAAAAUGGAUAGUUUGCAAUGUGUGUGUAUGUGUCGUGCAUGUAUUUAUGACAAACCAAAGUAGCUCAACCUGAUAAUAAAUAAUAAUAAACAUCAAGACAGUGUGUUGGAUUUGCUAUUCCAUGUACCCUGAUUGGUCAGUGUGUAGGAUUUGCUAUUCCAUGAACCUGAUUGGUCAAUUGUUAAAUAAUCUGAUAAUUCCAUGUGGUAACGUGCAAAUGCCAUUUAUUCAAUAGUCUUAACCAUUAAUUAUUAAUGUAUGCAAUAAAUAGUGAAUAUUUAUUAUAACUUAAUUCAUAGAUUAACCUGCCGAUGAUACAUCUUGUAGCUGAAUAUAAAGAUAUUUUUUAUUUGUAAACAAAUUGCAAUAUCGUGUAAACAAUUAUAAAAAUAAACAAUUUAAAAUUAUAAAUAGAAAGGGCUGUUAUAGGUAUAGUAAAACCUACAGUAUUUGAAAAUUUUAUAAAAGUUAAAUAUUUUAUUUUAUUUUUUUUUGCUCUGUAUUUUAAUGCAAAAGUUGCAUUCUCAUGUGAAGGUGAUGACAUGAUGGUUUUGCUUAUGAAGUAAAGAAAUAGUUUCGGGAACCAGUGAUGGUUUAGGAAGGCAAAACUUGGUUCAAGAGCAAGCACCUGGUCAGGGAACCAACAACCAUUUCUGGGAAACACUAACUAUAUUUUCAGGUGAUUAGGUUGAGGGAAUUAAUGAUUAAGAAAAACUGAACUAUUACCUAGUUUGUACAUGGAGGAAUUAGUUUGUUCAUGGAACAGAAACUAAUAAUGGGUUAAUGAAACCAAUUCAACGAAGCAACAACUGGUUGAAGAAACCAGUAACCAAUAACUAGUUCAUAGAACCAAUGCUUGGUUUACCACAUAACCAUUAGAUGGUAGCACUCAGAAAACCAGUAACUAAAAACUGGUUGGAGAAAACAAUAAUCAACAACCGGUUGAAGAAAUCAGUAAUAACUGGUUCAUACAACCAGUUCUUGUUUUACCACAUAACCAAUAAACACAAAGGAAACCAGCACAAAGCACAAAGGAAACCAGUAACUAAAAGCUGGUUGAAGAUACCAGUACCAUUAACUGGUUUAUAGAACCAAUAACUGACUCAAAAGGAGCCAAAAUAAGAGGUAAAAAGUUGGCUGGCUGGUUGGUUGGUUGGUUGGUUGAUGGUUGAUUCGAAUUGUUAGUUGAACUGGAGAUAAUACAUGUUACCUUAGGUGACUAGAUGGACUACUACUAUGGUGAUAUUAGCUAGCAAUUAGGUAUUAACUUAGCAUUUUACUGCAAAUGUUUUACGAUCUAUGGUUUAACAAAUGGAUUGUCAAAAUGGUGCUUAUAUUGUGGUGUUUACAUUGAAAUUGCUGGUUCUCGUAUUCUUAGUGGAUUAAAUGUUUUAUAUCCAUCACUUCAACAAUGUUUUGUUGAUCUUCACUUAUGUAAGGUGCUAUGGACCUAAGGGUGAAUUAGGCAUUUUGAAUAAUCAUUCAAUAACCAAUUAGCAAUUGUGAUUUGUGGUAUCGUUAGUGCAGUGCUUUUUUUUUUUAUUCAUUUCAUAAUACAUACAUACAUUAUGAAUUUACAAGGCAAAAGAACACUUCAACAUAAAUCAUAAGAAACUCAAACAAAAAGGCAGAAAUCAUAAUACGAUUACAUAAAUACAGAAUAAGCAUAAUUCAUUAUCUCUCUAGUUACAAAACAAAAUCAGCAUUCUGAUUUUGAAAAUGAACCUUAACAACAAACCUCAUUAUGUCUCUUCGGAAUUACUGUCUUUUUGUUUUAAACCUCAAUAGUUACAAUGUUUUAUUUAUAACUUGGCAAAAGAAAAGGAGAAACACAGAAAACACCAUUCCCUGUACUAUCCAUAAAUGAUAAUUAUAUUUUUGCAAUUUUUUAAUCUUCAAUUUCAAUAAAUUUAAAUUUUUCUUCGAAUUUUUUCAAAAUAUUUUUAAUACAGGCAAUACCAUUUUCCAUUAUAUAUGGGUAAAGGUAGUACGACGCAGAAAAGCUUUGCACUCCGAUGUUGAACAAAAAUCAUCUUAUAUUAUCUCGUACACCCAGCCAGCCCUCCCAUCUCAUUUCCCUGCAUUAGGCUAAUUCCUCUACUAAUUCCGCUGCGCUGGCUAUAACGACAGUAUUACUGAUUGUUAAAACAAAGAGUAACAAUUGGUUCGUUAUUUAUUUAUUGUUUAUUACAGAUUUCCGAUUUGAUUAACGAAUAAUGUAAUCUAUUUUAAUCGUAAUAAUACAGUAAUCGCAAUUUACACAUGUAGACAUAUAAAUCAUUUGCCAUAUAGAUUAUUAUUAAUAUUUUUUAUUCAAAAAAUUGUAUUAGAUCUAUUCAAUCGAUAGUGCUUAAUCAGAUAUUUAUAAUCAAUCGAGUUUUUUUUUUGGUGUGUGUUUGUUUUCCUCACAACAUUGGCCGAAAAUUUCCAACUGCACGUAGACAUACACAGCCUAGAAUCAAGGGACAGUGGGAGAAAUAUUUAAUAUUAUUGAAUGUAGGUGUAAUUUACUCAUCAAUCACAGAUUAAUGAAUGUUCUCACAUCAAUAUGAAUGUUUUUCGCUCAAUAAAUCAUGGUAUUAAUCCCCAUCGAAAGGUUGAUCUAGAUUAUUACAGCUGAUUUGCUAAGCGAGAUUAGUACGAGUUGGUUCGUCUGCCUACGCCACCUACGGUCUAGACGUCAUGAUGUAAAUUAUUCCAUGGUCUUGAUAUUAUGGUCUAUAUGCCUACUGUCAUUGAAGUGGCAAUCCUACAAAUUGACGUUCAUAACCAGUUUUCAAAAUUCAUUCAUCUUUACUUGUUUAAAAUAUAAAAAUACUGAUGUUCCUAUCUUUUAGAUGUUUUCAGCGCGCCCCAUAAGUGAGCGCACGACGAAUAGUGCAUUUUAAUCAAAUCGUAAGAUAGCCAAUUCAAACGUUUAAUUUGGCCUAAUGAUUAUUUAUAAUUAUUUGUUUAAUAACAUUCCAUUUCAUUAUUGGUAUUGCUGUUAUGAUAUAAUGUGCAUGGCGCUUAGCGUGCCUCCUGGCGCCCUGUUGCAUAGGUCUAUUAAUUACGAAUCAAUUAUUAUUCUCAUGUUUAUCUAUUACCUGUAUUGAUUCAUUUAAAAUUACUCUGCGGCUUAAUAGUUGAUUACUCUUUAAAUACUCAUAAAAAUAAGUUCAUUGAUUUCAUCUCGUGACACUCGGCAGUGUUUUUUUCCCCAAUCGUAUCUAAUUGCGAUGUUGUGCCAUGUUUUAGAGAUUAAGAACAGACUCUGUUGAGUUUAAGUAUUUCUAAAUUAACUGAAUAAAUUAUAGGAAUAUUAUUGUCUCAUUGUA